AUGCUGCUGUUUCCAGGAAUGAUCCGUCGAUCUCUAGUUCAAAUACGAGGAUGUAGCCAUAAAGUGGAUCCAUCACGAGCCUUUGAUUUUAUCCCGGCAAAAAGUCGGGAUGCUGACGAAAUUUUGGAUUUAUGUUUGAGCGGACUGAUCCGAGACGAACCACACGCAAGGGCCCUCAAACUCACACCCGAAGGUUGCCGAGGCAUGGCUGAAUACUUGAUUGCAAAAGCUCUUCAUUAUCCGUUCUCUUAUAGGAUAAAUGAGAAGGGGACGAAUAAUCUUAUUGGCUUCCGUCUUAUAUCCAUAGGACAUCGUGAUCAUGCAUUGGAUAUUGAACCAGUUCCACUUCCUGAACCUACUGAACCAGGAUUGCUACGGUUAUGUGAAAUUCUGGAGGAAGCGAAGGGAAAUUUCUGGAAGCUUGUCGAUCCAUCUGUAUCGACGGUAAUUCGACGUGAAUCCACCUACGUCAUUCCCAGGCAUCAACGAAAAGGCAUUGCCAAUUAUCUUCUUCACCUUGGACUCAAUUUCGAGGAAUUGAGGAAACAGGGAAUCCAUGGAAUCACAUCCGAGGCUUCAUCGUUGGCGAAUCAGAAGUUGCUCGCCAAGAGCGGUUACACCUGCAUCAGUAUGCCGAACUAUAAAUUGGAUAUGUUCGACGGGAACGAAGGUGUUAAGGUGUUUUUCAAGGAUCUUAGGAAGUGA